UACACAUAAUCGGCUCAUGCGUGAAUGGUUUAACGCGAAUCGAGUGGGCGUACGGCAUAAUAAAUUGUCGUUUAUUCUCUCUCUCUCUCUCUCUCUCUCUCUCUCUCUCUUUCUCGUUUAUACGGGCGCGCGCAGUUUUCUUUUUCAACGGCACUGCAUCCGCGUCGGGGACGGUCGCGCAUCCUAUGUUAAAAGCUUACGUCGUAUUUAUCGGUGUCAGGCGGUACAUAUGUCACGCGACGUUACAUUACUCGUCGACCGUACGAUAUUAUCCUAAUUUCUCGUUGGUGUGUUUAUUUACAGAGAUGCGGAUCCCUACGCGUACCGCCCCUCGUCCACCCGUCAAUGCUCUUGCACAAAGAAGCAAUGUCUGGGGUAGCACAAACGAUAUUUUCUCAACGAGCCUGAUGAGCCAACCAACGGUGCAAAAGAAGAAGCCACCGCCGCGUCCACCACCUCCAAAGUUCAAUCAGUGCCAUAAUACGCAUAGUCAGAGGGAUCAAAAGUCCAAGAGACCCACCCGUCCGACCGAGCUUCUGACCAAUUUCUUUGCAUGGAAAGCGGCCAAGCAGGAACACUCCAAUACGUCUCGUUCUACUUCAAAUCUAUCCCACGUCCAGUCGCAGUCUUCUAAUACGAACGGAACUUUCUCCCUGAUAGAUCUCAGUCCGCCUGGUUCUCCGACGUUCACCACUCGUUCUAGCAGCGACGGGGUUAGCAUAGACAGUUUUGGUAGCGAUGGUAAUUCCAAUCCUUCCGUAUUUACGAGCAGCGGUAAUACGUCCCAGACGGAAAGUGCCUUCGAAGACGACUUUGACUUUUUCGGCAUGUCCAAUAAAAGAUUUACAAACAACGAUCCGUGGCAAAUGAAGCCGAUGUCGGAUCCAUUUGGUCCGAUAGAGGAAAUUAAUAGGCCGCUUGAGGACGUUAGGCAAAUAGGAGAUACCUCCUUUUUUGCCUUUAAUGACAGUCCUACGGGGAAGAAGCAAGUGCCUUUUGGACAAACCAGUUCUAAAGUGAUUCAUUCCGUACCUACGAUAAUACGACCGAAACCGCCGAAACCACCGGCGCCAAAGAUAUUGAAAAAACAUUUGGACCAAAAGACAAAUCAAAGACCGUCGACUAGUGUAGAAAGAUCUCUCAGCGAAUCGAUACCCGUUAACUCGUCCUAUUCUGUUAACGACGCAUGGGCCGAUGACAUUAAAGACGAGCCUUCACCUCCGAUGCCAACGAUCCCACCACCGGCACCACCCUCGGAAUAUUUUGUCCAAUCGAAAAACGAAUUCGAGGAAAGCUCUAAAACGCCCUAUGGUAUUGCGCUUUAUGAUUUUCCGGUGACGCAUUCGGACGAUUUACCCUUGAAGGAGGGUGACGUUGUCACCUUGAUAAGAGUUGUCAAUGACGAUUGGAUGGAAGGAAGGGUGGGAAGUCGACAAGGAAUAUUUCCAAUUAAUUUUCUAGAUAUAAAGAUUCCAUUGCCUGGAUUGCAGGACAACACCGUCGUUGCCCUCUAUCCUUUUAAAGGGGAGACCCCAGAGGAUCUAACGUUUGAGGAAGGAGCCAAAAUUAAAGUUUUGUCGAGACUAUCGGACGACUGGUUAUACGGCGAAUACAAAGGUAUAAAAGGUCAGUUUCCAACUAAUUAUGUGAAUAGAGUUCCAUACAGUAUUUCACGUUCAACGUAAUCACAUCGCGUUUUACGAGAGAUUUUGGCCCUUAGGAUAUAAUAAAUCCUUUGAUAUUGCAAACAUUUUUUUUUCUUUUUUUUUUUUUUUUUUUUUUUUUUUUCUUGGUAUUUUAAACGGAUAGCAAUUUAGGCGUCGAUAAGUUUAAUACAUAUCGUUUUAAUACAAAAUUUACAACAAAUCUAUAUGGCAAAAGAAGGUAAAUUUUUAUAAAAUUUUACUCGCGUAAAAGAAGACUGAAGUAUACGCAACAUCCAUUAAACGAAUAAUAAUGAGAAAAUAUUUCAAGCGACUAUUGCCUUACAUCAAGAGCAUAUUUUCUAAGUAAAUUUAUUUCUUGGAAGGUCAAUUUUAGCAUUACAAUGAAAAAUACCUUUCUAUUUUGUAAUAUAUUAAUCAAAAGUGUAUUGGAGAAUAUUUCUAAUAAUAUCUUUAGAUUCGCGCGAAUGUUUGCAAUAUGUAUCAAAUUGUAAUUGUUUUUCUCUUUUUUUUCGUUUUUUUCCCCCCUCGUUUUUAUCACAAUUCGUAUUUAUACAAUCGAAUGAAAAGAGAUAGGUUCUAUUAUUUAUAUGCUUUGCGGUCAAAAGUUAAAAACUACCAACUGCAUAGCGUUGUAAUAUAUUUUGUUAUAAAUUAUUUUCCAUAAAGUAUAAAAAAGUAUAAUGUUAUUAUUACUUCUUGUAUUUAGCAAAACUCAUUAUAGUCUUAAGAGAAUCUAAUAUAAGUUCCAUUCGUUUGUGAAUAUUGUUAUAAUACUUAACAAUUUCAACAUUAUACAGCUUUAUCGAGUAUUUUUAUCAGUACCAUCCAAGUUAUUGCGUCGAGCUGAUUUUUAAUACUAAUUUUGGUACACCGCCUCUGUUUACGAAUAUUAUGUGUAAAAUAAUAUUUAAAUUUUAUUUGAUCAAUCAGAUUAUUACUUUGGUAAUUGAUUCGAGUAGCAUCAUGUAUAUAUGUGUGUGGGUGGGUGGGUAUGUGUGUGUGUGUGUGUGUGUGCGUGCGUGCAUGCACGCGCAUCUCUUGUAUGGAACAUUUGGUAUAUAAAUUAGAAUGGUUAGAAAAGUUGUACUUUUUCAUUUUCGUGUGUGCUUGUGUGCGUGCGUGCGUGCGUGCCCGUAGAAUGUCAAAAUUGUUACUAUUUAUGUACGGUUGAAAAGCUUCUUGAGUUUAUGAGUUUUUUGUUACGUGAUUUCUACAAGUUCUGGAUAUUUUCAUAAAAGUAAAUGAAAUGCUAUUGAAAUAUUAUAUAUGUCUAUUUUGUUGGUAAUGAGAUAUACACUUUCUAUGUUAUCUCUCAUACUGUAUGAUAUAAUUGAAUUUAUGAAAUUUGUUUUACUUCAGUUACCAGACAAAGAGUGAUACCAGUUAGGUAUAUACGAGUAGAAUACAUAGUCUUUAGGAAUUUCAUGUUUUAUUUAUUUCAGUAUAUAAAACAGGAAGAAUAAUAUUCUGCAAGUAAUUAAUUGUAAUCAACUAUAUAGUAAAUAACAACGGUAUAUAAUGUUAAUAUAAUUAAACGAUGUGAAAAUAUUAAUUAAAAUCAUCAGGUAUUAAAUUAUCAAGUUAUGAUCUAACGGAUACGAAAUUGCCAUUUUCUUUCUUUCUUUUUUCUCUCUUUUUUUUUCUUUUUUUUUUUUUUUUUUUUUCGUAGUAGCUCCAAUGUAAAAAGAGAAAAAAAGAAAGGAAGAACGUAUCCAGUUUAGGAAUCUACGUCGGGACCAGAAAUUUUCUUUGCCGAAUUAGUUACUACAAAAAAAGGUUAGGAAUAUCUGCUAGGAUGAUAAUGUAAAAUUAACGUAUCUUCAACAUAAUCCAUAAUUCGAUGUUAAAAAUUAAAUGAUGACGACAUAUAUUGUGAUAUUUUACUACAUUCGUAUAGAAAUUUCUCAUGUAAAAAUAAAAUAAUAAUGAAAAUAAAUUGUCCAUAUCGUGAAA